AUGGCUGGACUCAGUUUCUCAGGUGCGCUGAUCCUGUGCGCUCUGUUCUUGCCGUCCUCUCGUCCUAACGGCCAAGUGCCCAACUGCCAAGAAGUUCGCUCUUCCUUUCAGUUUUUGUAUCCUGGAAUGAAGUGGGCACCAGAAACUCCUGUUUCAGGUUCGGACCUGCAGGUAUGCCAGCCCAAAGGUCUAACCUGCUGCUCCCGUAAGAUGGAGGAGCGGUACCUCCUCAUGGCUCGGCAGAGCAUGGAGUCAGGCCUUCAAGCCACCAGCGCCCAGCUCAAACUCCUCAUCAUUCAGAAUACUGCGCUCUUUCAAGAGGCCUUUGACAUGGUUUUGCGUCUUGGCCGUAACUCCACCAUGAUCCUACUGAAGGAGGAGUUCCCAGUUCUAGUGGGCGGGGCCAGCGGAGCUGUCACUCAACUCUUCCUGGACAUCUCCCUUUACAUCCUGGGCUCGGACGCCAACGUGGACGACAUGGUCUCCUCCUUCUUCUCCCGCCUCUUCCCUCUCGUUUACCGCCGUCUCCUGGGCAACGGGGCGUCGGCGGGGGUCUCUGAAGAAUGCUUACGCAGAACGUGGGGCGAGGCGUCGGCUUUCGGGUCGUAUCCAAAAGUGAUGAUGACCCGGCUCUCCCGCUCCCUGCUGGCCACCCGGGUUUUCCUCCAGGCCCUUAAUCUGGGCAUCGAGGUGAUUAAUACCACCCAGCACCUGAGAGCGGGCAGGGACUGCGGACGCUCCCUGCUCAGGCUGUGGUACUGCGCCCACUGCCAGGGGCUCUUGGACGCCAGGCCAUGUCGGCCACUGUGCCUCAGCACCAUGGGGGGGUGCCUGGGGGGCGCGGCGGAGGUCCAACCCCACUGGAGGGGUUACGUGGACAGGCUCGGCACUCUGGUCACGGCCAUGAGAGGAGAGCAGGACAUGGAGGCUGUGGUCCUCAGAAUGCACGUUAUUGUCAGGCUGGCACUAAAACACGCCAUCGGAGCCAAGAGUCGAGUCAACACGCAGGUGAACAGUUUGUGUGCACACACCCCUCAACGUGUGUCUCGUGCCGUGGUCCCGUCUUUGGAGAGAUCCGCCGCUGCCCCGGCCCCCCGUGGCCCACAGACGAUGAACUUUGACCCGGGGGAAACCCUCUCCGGACGUCGCAGGGAGUUUAUCUCUCUUCUGAGGGGUUUCGGCUCUUUCUACAGUGGACUUGGAGAAGCGCUGUGCAACCGAGACCCAGCUACACUCAACGACUCCCUCUGCUGGAAUGGACAGGAAAUGACAGAUAAGUUUCCCGGUCCAGGACUGAAGAGAACCAGUCUGCAUGGCCCAGAAUCCAAACACAAAGCGCCAGAACCUGCCAUCAGCCAGAUCAUCGACAAACUUAAACACAUUAAUGAGCUGCUGCGGAUGGUGACCGUCACAGAGAAAAGGUGGCGUGCGCAGCCCGGGGGCAGCGCCGUGAGGAGAGGUCCGGACGGGCGGGACCAGGACGAGGAGGAAGACGAAGGCCUGGAGAGCGGCGACUGCGACGACGAAGACGAGUGCGCCGGCGUGUCGGGCCUCGGGCCGCCCCCGCGACGAAAACGCUUGCGCAUCUUUGCAGAUCUGGCAGAUAACUUGGCUAUGGAUGACCUGACUCUCCAUGAGCUGCUCCUGACCCCCAGACUGGCUACAGACGCCCAUGCGGGGGCCUCAGCGCCGGGGGCCGGAGUGCAAGGUGUGCAUGUCUCACACGGAACUCUCCUCCUGACCAUCGCCCUCCUCCUCCUCCUCCUCCUCCUGCCUGGACUACACUGA